AACACUUUUAUUCAAACGAUUCAUAAAUAUUAUUCUCUCAAUUUCUUUCUCUAAAUUUCUGUAACACAAAAUCUAUUUGGUGAUUUAGAUAUUUGAUAUUGUGCCAGUUUCACUUUUGCUCUGUCCAGGAAUCAGAAGAUAUUGGUCCUGGAGGUUGAAAUCAAAUGCUGUUGAGUAAAUUUUUGUCUGUGAAAUAUGGGAAGGCAGUUGCAGCGUGUACACUCUGGCGUUCAAUAUGAGGGCUACCAUCCAGGCUGCCUAUGGAGCAUACUACAUAUUCUUGGCUUUGGAAGUGGUGAAGCGCAAAGUUCACUGGAUGCUGAUAACUUCCUGGAUGCUACCAAAAAUGCAAACCCUUCUUCCACUAUAUCUAAGGUUUCAUCUUGGAAAAAGAGAACGGGGAAAUUGUUGAAUCAAAAGGCUGAUUUGGGUGACAGUGUGAAUGUUGAGGACAACUUGGGAGAAUACCAGCUUUCUGAAAUGGAGGAAAAAGUAAUGGCAAACUCGAAAAGUCAGAAGAUGAUGGAUUCCAAGCAGCUCAAGGAAUAUGUGGAUGUUCUUGAGAUAUUCAAGGUAAACAAAGAGCAAUUCCUCAAAAUCUUCAAGGAAUCUGAUAUUGGUGUAUCAGAGAAUUCCCCUGGCCAGCAAAUUUCCAAUAAAAAGGCAAAAUUAACCAAAUCAGGAUCAUUCCCGGUAGCAGAUCCAUCUCGUCUUAGAAAUCUUAGGCCCAGUACUAUAGAACAUAAGCAGAAUGAAACUUGGACCUCCCCAAAAGAAAAAUUGCUUGUAUGCAGUACUAAAAAAGGGGAUGAUAAUGGGGGAAGUGCUGUUAAACAAAAAGCUAAUACUAAUUCUCAGGGUUCAUCCCAGGCAUCAAGUCACCAAAAAUGGAAGAAGUUGCUUACAGGUUACUUCAGAGGUAGAAAGCAGAGAAUAAAACAUGCUGUCAAAGAGAAUAAAAAGGAGAAUGACUACUCGAAAACUGAAGGGCAAGAGAUGCCUAGAGGUUUGGAAAACAUAAGUGAGGUGGGCUGUGGUGCAGAGAGCUCAAGAUUUUAUCAAGAGAGCAAUGGUUCUGAACCUGAUCUUGGAAAAAGCAGAAGGCAAAUGAGAAGAACAGCCUCUCUAAACGAGUCGCCGGAAAGACACGCUUGGUUGUUUGAGUCUAGCUGCGGCAGAGAAGCAAAGUUACCUCACUCCAGCAGCUUAAAGUUGAGAAAUGAAGAUAAGACUGCAUCGAAAGAGCAUAUUCCGAAAUUCUUCAGAAGUGUUUCCUCCCUGCCUGAUCUUGAGUCAUUUUCAUCCUUAUUGAAUGAGUUGGCUCACGGCUCAGAGAUGCCAGUUAGCACUGAAGUGGCUUGCAAUACAAACAGUGAAAGUGAUAAACAUGAUGAAACAAAGUCAAGUAGCCCUCCUCAAGCUAAAGAUAAUCUGGAGCCAUUAAUUGAGAAUAGAGAACAAGGAAGUGACAACAAUGCGAGUAUGGAAAAUUCGGGUCCCUUGAUAUUGAGUAGAAUUGGUGAGAAAUUUUUAAUGUCAGGUCAAUUUGGUGAGAAUAUCAUUGAUGCUUUAAAGGUUGCUAGCAUCACUCCACAAGAUGAGGUGAUUGUUUCCUCAAUGGAUCCUACCAUAUGCCUUGAGCAACAAAGUCCAGAUCCGAUACCCGAAAAUUGUUUUCCAGGUAAUAGAAAAGUCCUUGCAGAAGUUCCAAUAUCAGAAGCAGGUUCAGAGUUGAAUCUGGAGCAAGCUCAAAUUGAUGAGGCAGAUUCUUCUUUCAACAUUCAACAUGAGUCCAAAGCUGAUUAUUUACCAGACUUUUGUGACACAGUGAUCACUGACAAGGACAAUCAACUCCAGCAUUUUGAAUUGGGUGAAAAUGAACCUUCCUUCAAUUAUGUAGGACAAGUUCUAAUGCUGUCAGGAUUCGUCGAAAAUGACUGCCAUGGAACUUGGUACUCACUGGACCAGCCACUGAAUCCUUCAGUUUACAAGGAACUGGAAGAAUACUUGCACCAUGAGCCACAAUACUCCCCUGAAAGCAUUGGAGAAAACUGUGAGCACCAGCUUCUGUUUGAUUUAACCAACGAGGUACUAAUUGAGCUCUCUGAGAGAUCAUUAACCUAUUUCCCACUAGCCUUGUCUUUUAAUCGCCUCAUUAGUCCAAUGCCAAAGGGAAAACGUGUUGUUAAUGAGGUCUGGUCCAGAAUUUGCUGGUACAUAACCUUCAGGACAAACCUGGAUCAGUCAUUAGAUGGUAUUUUGGCUCAAGAUUUGACAAAGGGUAAUGGUUGGCUGAUUCAUCAGUUUGAGACAGAAUGUGUAGCCCUUGAAGUUGAAGACUUGAUCUGCGAUGAACUCUUAGAUGAACUCAUGAAAGAGUUGAGUUGAGGCCACAAAGCCAGGCUCAUGUUCUUUCUAGGAAAACUUUGUAUACAAGAUUUUGUCACUGUUUUUAGACCCUGACUGUGCGUAGUUAACGGGGAGAAAAGAAAUUCUCACAUAGCAUGUAGUUGUGCUUUGUAAAAGGCUAGGUGCGUCAAAUGUGCUUUAUAAUACGCCAUAGUUGAUUUGUCAAAGGAAAAGGAAAUGAAUAAGGACCACACUAAACCUAUCUUCCUUCAUAUUUAUAAAUGGUUCAA